AAAGUUUUAUUAAUGAUGAAAGUCACUUUCUUUUUCAAAUUAACUGCAACCAAUUUUAUGUGUCUCAUGGCGGUUCAUAGUAAUGUUCGAUGAGAAGUUAUGUAUAAUUGUUGAAGUGUGUUUUUAUAAUUGACUUUAAAGUUCACAAUUUUAUCCAGUCUGUUUUAACAUUUGUUUACAAAUGUUGAAGCAGUUACAAAUGGGCAUACGUGCUUUUCUUUUAUUCGCUUCUAAAAUAUGGAAUUUUAUUUGUUUUGUUUUUCGGAAGCAAGUACGAGCGAAAAACUCAUUGCUCAGCAGAUCUUCGUGGGUACAUAAGUGUUUGAAGUUUUGCAUAAAUGUUUUUGAAACAUUUAGUCGAAAAAUAAUUCAACAUCAGACUGUGAAGUAUGAUGUCCUACCUCUUUCUCCACUAUCCAAACAUCGCUUAAGUUUGGUGAGACGCAAGAUUCUAGUCUUGGAUCUUGAUGAAACACUGAUUCAUUCACAUCAUGAUGGCGUUAUCAGACAGAUGGUUAAACCUGGUACGCCACCAGACUUUGUUUUAAAAGUUACUAUAGAUCGUCAUCCUGUAAGAUUUUUUGUACAUAAAAGGCCACAUGUGGACUUUUUUUUGGAUAUGGUCAGCAAGUGGUAUGAUUUAGUCAUUUUUACUGCAAGCAUGGAAAUUUAUGGUGCAGCAGUUGCUGACAAAUUAGACAACAAUCGUGGAAUACUUAACAAGAGAUAUUAUAGACAGCAUUGUUGUGUACGAUAUGGAAGUUUUAACAAAGAUCUCUCUGCCAUCACUUCAGAUCUCUCCAGUAUUUUUAUCCUUGAUAAUUCACCUGGAGCCUAUAGAGCAUAUCCAGAUAAUGCAAUUCCUAUUAAAUCUUGGUUUUGCGAUGCAAGUGAUACAGCUCUAUUAAACCUUUUGCCAAUGCUUGAUGCUCUCAGAUUUACUAGUGAUGCAAGAUCAGUCUUAAGUCGUAAUUUACAUCUUCAUGGAUUGUAAUUAUAAGGUGCAUUAUGAUGCAAUUUGAAUUUUACUGCCACAUCUGUACAAGUAUAUAUGACCAUGUGUUUGAAAGAGGGAAAAGGCUUCUGCUGCAGUAUGGCACAAUUCUCAGUUUACAUACUAAAACUUUUCAUCGGCCACAAUUCAUAGUAUAUCCUCUCAAAUAACAUGGUUCAACAUUGUAUCAUUAUAAAAUAUGUACAUAAGAGUGAAAUAUCUUGACCUUCUGCAGCUAGUGGAAAUGUUCAAUGUUCUUUAGAAGUGAAUUAUUUCAGCUUUGGAGUGUUAAGAUCAUGGGUAUUUGAAAAGAUUCUUAUUACAGAGUAUUGAAAUUGUUUUGAAGGUCUUAUUUGUUGUUUGUUAUGUAUAAAAAAUAGUUGAAUUUUAGGACAGUUUUUCUUAACUUACUGCAUACCACAGUGAAAUGUUGAAACAUGAAGAGCAGUUCUAUCUUUUCAAUUAUCAUAAUUGAGGAUUUUAUUAAUAAUAAAAAAUUUUAUUAUUCAUGACAGCAAAUAACUUAUAUUUAUGAUGAAAAUUUUCUAACCUCUACAAAAUUUUAUUUUUAGAUAAAAAUAAGGUUCGUCAUUCUCUAAAUUGCAAAUUAAAUUUUGUGUACUAAAAUUUUUUCCUGGGACAAAUAAUAGCUGUGUGAAAAAAACAUGUUAUUAAUUUAUUUGGAUUUUAUUUCUCUGAUGUAAAAAAUGAGCAGUUUAAACUACUAUUUGUAAUAUGUAAGAUAAUUUCGAACAAACUGUGUAUACUGAUGUUUGGAGCUUAUCUUAGCUUGCAUUUUGGGGGCGAAAAAAAGAAGAAAAAGAAAGAAGUUUAAUUUCUUUUUUUAAAAAAAAUGGGAGGAAAUGAGGUUGUAAAUGAAUGAUUAUGAAGAAUUUAUUCUUAAAAAUUAUAAUUCUCAAUAUACAGUUUUUAAACUUAAACAUGCACAAUAAAUGCCUUUCAUAUAUACUUUUUUCCCCUGAAAAUCCAUGAAAUGUACUUUUAAAAAUCUUUUGGUUCUUUAAAUAGAUUAAUCUGUCAAGGUAUAUUCAAUUGAUAUUGCUCAAACCUCAUGUAUUCUUUCAAAUGCCUUUAUGCGGCCAAACUCUUCCAAAAGAGUGGGAGAAGAAAAGUUAUUUUUGAAUGAUUAAUACAAUACUUUAAGAUGUAAAUGAUGCAAACUCAAUUCACUUUCUGUGUUUUUAUUUAUUUAAACAUCUUGCAAAUUAUGUGCUGUAAUUUGAAAUGCUGUCUAAUCAAAUUGGUGCAACCCAAGUACGUUUAAUUUAUUGAAAAAUUAUAAAAUUUCAGCACUUUCAUCCCUAAUAACUUUAAUGUGUAAUAAAUUAUCUUUUGAAAAAAAAAUGUCCUUUUUGGAUUGUCUUCCUUCAUUUUAUUUUUGAAAAAAAGUGCAAUAUUUAAAAAAAUUUCUAAGCAUUAAAAGUAGAUUUUGUAGCAGUGUUCAUUCAGUAUGAACAUGCAGGAUUUUUUCUUUUGAUUAUUAAUUUAUGUAUAAUUUUAAGAUAAAUAUAAUUUUAUUAUUUUGGCUGAGAAUCUGCUUAUAGAUUGAAAGUGAUAAACUUUUUGAAGCAUGUUUAAUUUGCUUUUAUACAAAAACAUUAGCUUAUUAUUUCGCAAAUGUGAACUUUCACAUUUGUGAGAAAACUAAUGUUUUUGUACUUAUAACAAUUUGCAUUCUGAACCAUUAUUAUGGGGAAAAAAGGAAAAAAAAAUACUUUGUUUCGACAUUUCAUAGCUAAAUAUGAACAGGUGCUCUAAAUAUAAAUAAUUAUACAUCAAUAUAUAUAUAUUCAGUCUUAUUUAUUUCAUCAUCAGAGGCUGCAUUUGUUACAUGUAUCAUAUAAAAAAAGUGUGUACUUAUAUUUUAGUUAUGUACAAAUGGGGGCUUACUCUUAUUGAGAUGGUUUAAGUUAACUCAUUUAGGUGUGUAUAUGUUUUGUGUGUUUAUUUGUAAUGCAGGUUUGUUUUGCAUAUCUGUGAUAGAAUUUUAUCCCCUUUGUUAUUGCAUCAGUGAUUAUUUAUAACCAAAAACUUUCACUUUAAUAAUAUACAUGGUAGGUCUUACUAAAAAGGCAUAGCUUGAUUUUUUUUUUUUUUUAAAUAGCACAUGGGGAGUUUUAUAUCUUGUUUUUAAUAAAGAAUAUGAGGUUAAUAAAUAAGUAAAAUUAAUGUUACUUAUCUAGCAUUGUUUUCCUACAUGAUAGGAGCUUAUUUGUUAACAUUGUGUAUUAGUUACUGUGCCAAAAUGGUAAGAUUCUUUUUCAUAUAAAAAUGCUAAUUUUUGCCUUUUAAAAGUUUAGUUUGAUAUUCCGGUGUUUGUUUUAAUUAUAUUACCUGAAAGGUUAUUUUUCUUUUGUUAAAUUAUAUUAGUUUUGAAAUUGGAAAAAGUGUAUUUCUUGUUAAUGUUAGAAACAUUCUUUUGAAAUUCUUACCUUGUAAGGUAAUUAAUUCAUUUAUUUGCUGAAAGACUGAUAUUUAACUGUUGCUACAAAAAAAAUUUAAUAAACAUUUUUCAGUGAAAAAUAGAAAAUACAAAUUAUAUAUAUUUUUUAUUGUAACUAUAUUAAGUGAUAAGUUAAAACAAUGCAAUCAUAUAUGCACAAUCAAUGUUACAAAGAAUUAUGUAUUGAGAUUAUUAAUUGAAUGUGAAAUUUAGUUCAAUUAAUCUUAUUAACAAAAUUGUGUGCUUUUUUUUUUUAAUGCCAAAGACUCCUGUUGGCAGUUUAUGUAUAUUAUGUAAAUAUUGUAAAGUUUAAAAAAAAUGUAAGAUGUUUGUUGUAGCUCACCGUCACCAUCAUAAGAUUCAUAAUAAAAGUUGGUUCAAAGGAU